GUAUCGCCAGCGAUCGAGGUUGUGUACUCCUCAAUUGAUCAACACGUACCCAUCUCAUAAGGCACCCAACAAAAAGUAGCUAGCUCGAGUUGAUCGACAUCGAUCUCGAGAGAUCUGCUCAGGCAAGAAUUGAAGGAGGAUCAAUGGCGAGGUUCGUGGUGGCGGACGCGUCGGAGUACCUGGCCAUCACGGGUUGGGGGAUCGAGGACGUGAAGCUGGCGAAGAAGUCUCUGGUGUUCGUGGGUCAGCAGUGCAAGAAGUUCAGCCUUGCGCCGGUGAACUACUCGUUCGAGGUGAACGCCAUGAGCGCGGAGAAGCUGCCCUUCAUCCUCCCGGCGGUGUACACGAUCGGCCCCCCGGUGACGACCCCGGAGCACAGCGAGGCGGAGCGAAAGGAGCUGAAGGCGAAGCUGGUCCUGUACGCGAAGCUGAUCGCGCCGCUGGAGAGAUCGUCCAACCACGUUGAGGAGCUGGUGAAGGGGGUGAUCGAGGGCGAGACGCGGGUGAUGGCGGCGGAGCUGACGAUGGAGGAGAUCUUCAAGGGCACCAAGGCGUUCAAGCACAUGGUGUUCGAGAGCGUGCAGAAGGAGCUGGACCAGUUCGGGCUCCGCAUCUACAACUCCAACGUGAAGCAGCUGGUGGACGUGCCGGGGCACGAGUACUUCUCGUACCUCGGGCAGAAGACCCAGCAGGACGCGGCGAGCCAGGCGAGGGUGGACGUGGCGCAGGCGAGGAUGAAGGGGUCGGUGGGCGAAAAGGAGAGGGAGGGGCUGACGAAGCAGAACGCCGCUAAGGUGGACGCCCAGACCAAGGUGCUGUCGGUGCGGCAGCAGGGCGAGGGGCUCAAGGAGGAGGCCAAGGUGAAGUCGGAGGUGCAGGUGUUCGAGAACGCCAGGGAGGCCGACAUUGCGGCGGCGAAGGCGGACCUCGCCAUGAAGAAGGCUGAGUGGGAUAGGCGGGCCAAGUUGGCCGAGGUGGAGGCCGCUAAGGCCGUCGCCAUCCGCGAGGCUGAGCUGCAGAUGGAGGUGGAGGUCAAGAACGCGCUCUGCCAGACCGAGAAGCUCAAGGCCGAUCAGCUCAGCAAGGCCACCGUGCACUACGACACGCAGGUUCAAGAGUCGAACGCGCUCUUCUACAGCAGGCAGAAGGCGGCGGAGGCGGCGCUGUACGAGGAGACCAAGGUGGCCGAGGCGCGCAAGGCGCAGGCGGACGCGCGCUUCUUCGAGCAGAGGAUGGCGGAGGACGCGAGGCUGUACGCCAAGCAGAGGGAGGCCGAGGCGGUGGCGCUGGUGGGCAAGGCCAAGUCGGAGUACGUGGCGUCCAUGCUGGCGGCGCUCGGCGGCAACUACAACGCUGUCAGGGACUACCUCAUGAUCGACGGCGGCGUGUACGCCGAGAUGGCGCGCAUCAACGCUGGCGCCGUCAACGGCAUGCAGCCCAAGAUCAGCAUCUGGAGCAACGGCGUCGGCAAUGAUGGCGGUGGCGAGGGUGGCGCGAUGGAGCAGGUGGGCUCGGUGUACAAGAUGCUGCCGCCGCUGCUGUCGACGGUGCACGAGCAGACUGGUAUGCUUCCGCCGCCGUGGAUGGGCACGCUGUCCAAGGACGGCACCGCCGCCAGCUGAUCUUCGUGGAUGCGUAGUCUCAGGGUAGUUUCAUCCGCUGGCUACCCAGCUACUUGUUAUUUUUCGAUGAUUGCUACUUCGUUCGAUUGUUAGAUGGUUUUGAUGCUUGAUCGGAUUAUGCUUGAUCGGAUUACCGUCAGUGUUAACUGAACGUGUUCUAUGUCUCGUCCACUGAGAAAUACUUUAGUUGCAUGACGUUUCCUUUAUUUUUAAAUAACCUAUGAUGCAUGUA